ACCCUGUCGCUCUCUUCCAAGCCAUCCCAGCAACGUCUUCAUGACACUUACGAUUACGAAGGCAGCGGCAGCGGUAACGGCAGGAAUCCGUACCACUUCUCCACAUCCCCUCCUAUUCCUGUUCAAUCCCAGUACAAUCCGCUCGGUGUCAGCCAGUCCCCGCUCAAGAACAAGACUAUGCGAGGCGGCCUGCCCAGUCAAUGGUUAGAGAACACUGUCGGCGCCGUCUCCAUCCCCGACAACCGCUCGCUGUCCCCGAACAACAACUCGGACAUCUCUUCGUCGGGUGACUCACCAGUUAUGGGCGGUCAGGUGAUGACUCCGGGCAUAGCUCCAGGUACACCUGGCCAGGGCUUGGAGGACGAGAUUAUACCCACUGCGAUCGUCAUCAAGAACAUACCAUUCAAUGUCAAACGCGAGACACUCCUCGAUAUCAUCGCAUCGUUGUCGAUCCCUACGCCGUACGCAUUCAACUAUCAUCUCGACCAAGCGGGUCAGUUCCGCGGCCUCGCAUUUGCCAACUUCCGCCAGGCAGCCGAUGCAGACGCUGUCGUUGUCGCGCUCAACGGUUUCGAUGUCCAGGGGCGUAAGCUGCGCGUAGAGUACAAAAAAGUGCUGCAAGCAGGUGAGAAGGAGCGCAUCGAGCGCGAGAAGGCGCUCCGUCGCAUGCGCUCGAUGCAGCUAGAAAAGGAGCAGGCCGCCAUGCAACAGCAGCAGACGCCGCAGUACGACGAUUUCGGCCCUGUCAUUGCGCCGCCGUUCACACCCUCUCGAUCGUUCCAAGGCACGUCGCCGUUCCCACAGCAGUACACGCCACCGGUUCCGCCAGUCCCUCAAAUACCUUCGCUUCCGACACCGAGUCCGUACAAUCUUAGCACUUCGCCUCUUCCUUCGUCCACUCCGGGAGGCUUGAAGUCGCCUUCCACGGAGCUUGACCUAAACGACCCAUCGACGCUUGAAAUUUACUCUCGCAUCCUACUGUUCAAGGACGAUCACAUGCGCGAUGAAUUGGCGUUCUCCAGGGCGCUCACUGCCAAACAGCGAAGAGUCGUGCAUCUUGUUGCGCAGAAACUCGGUGUCUACCAUUAUUCUGUUGGAGAGGGUGAUGAACGAUAUGCCGUUGUCACCCGUUUUGACCCUGCCCAACAGCAACAAAGCGCCGGCGGUCGCCAGACUCUUACCCGCGCACAGUCUUCAUACCUUUCCGCUGGUGCGCAAGCGAGCUCCUUACGCGUGAAGAAGUCCAUGCCAGACAUGAAGAGCUUCCAGACGCAGGCGCCCCGCCUGGCCUCGCGCGCUUCUAACGGUAACAUCCGCGAAGGUUACGCUACCAUUGCGUCGCCUUCUCGCCGCUCCCCCGGCGGGUUCGCGGGACUGUUUGGGAACGGCGCAUUCGGCAACGGCAUUCCUCCUGUACCCAGCCUACCAUCGAGCGUCACAGGUGCUGUGAACAGCGGCCUUGACUCCGGUGUCGUUCGCCAGCCGCGCGGGCCUGGUGUAGGAGGCUUCGAAAGCAGGCGGGAGAGAAAAGAGAGCCAGACUCAGCGUUCUGGCUUCGAAGCGCGCUCCCACGAGCCCUUGGAGAUCUAA